AUGGGAUUUGGGAGUUUGUUAGGGAUGGAGAUGAUUGACGUACCGUUGAGGAUUGUUUAUUAUGUUCUUGACCAUUUUAAUUUUGAAUAUUUGAAGGUGGAGUUUGAUAAUUGUGAAGAUAGUGUUGAUAGUAAGUCUAUUCAAGAGAUGUUAGGAUUACCAUCUGGUGGCUCAUUACUUUCAAACAUGGAUUACAUUUCGGAGAAUAAUGAAGAGAGUUGUGUGUUUGAGUGGAAGAAACAAUAUGAGAAUAUUGAUAAAUUGAGAUUGAAACAACUAAAGAAUCAACUUGUUCAAACUAGUGCUACGGAUGACAACUACAUAAUCAAUUUUUUGGUUCUUUUUAUUAAUACUUUCGGUGAGUCUACAAGCAUGGGUAAAUGUAAUCUGAAUCCAUUGUAUUUAAUCAGAAGAGAUAUUGAUUUAAGUAGCAUUGACCGGUGCGAUUACAUUGUGGAUUGUUUGGUAAGGAUGAAGAAGGUUUACAAUCCAGAGAAAUAA